CGCCCCGCAGGUCCACCCGCGCUGGGUCCCCAGUCGCGCCCAGUGGAGGCGCCGAGCCGAGUUCCGGUUCCGGUUGCUGCAGCCGCUGACGGGCGGGGAGGCGGGCUAGCGCGCAGUUCGGGUCCCAGCUCGGCGCCUCUGCCUCGCUGCGCUUUGGUGUCGCCGCAACUCGGGGGCCGGUGUUGCCCCCGACUCCGCUUCUGGGCGAUGGUGCAGCCCGAGGGCGCCUCCAUCCCCCGCCACCGCUGACCCUGGUCCUCACUCCAUGGCCGCCUCGGCGCCGCCCCCACCGGACAAGCUGGAGGGAGGUGGCGGCCCCGCACCGCCUCCUGCACCGCCCAGCACCGGGAGGAAGCAGGGCAAGGCCGGUUUGCAAAUGAAGAGCCCAGAAAAGAAGCGAAGAAAGUCAAAUACUCAGGGCCCAGCAUACUCACACCUGACGGAGUUUGCACCACCUCCGACACCCAUGGUGGAUCACCUGGUUGCAUCCAACCCUUUUGAGGAUGACUUCGGAGCCCCCAAGGUGGGGGGUGCAGCCCCUCCAUUCCUUGGCAGUCCUGUACCCUUUGGAGGCUUCCGUGUCCAGGGAGGCAUGGCAGGCCAGGUGCCCCAAGGCUAUGGCACUGGGGGCGGAGGAGGUCCCCAGCCACUUCGUCGACAGCCCCCCCCUUUCCCUCCAAACCCUAUGGGCCCUGCUUUCAACAUGCCCCCCCAGGGCCCUGGUUACCCACCCCCAGGCAACAUGAACUUUCCCAGCCAACCCUUCAACCAGCCUCUGGGUCAGAAUUUUAGUCCUCCUGGUGGGCAGAUGAUGCCAGGCCCAGUAGGGGGAUUUGGUCCCAUGAUCUCACCCACCAUGGGACAGCCUCCCAGAGGGGAUCUGUGUCCCCCUUCGCUUCCCCAACGCUUUGCUCCGCCAGGUGCUCCUUUUGGCCCCUCUCCUCUCCAGAGACCUGCUCAGGGGCUCCCUAGCCUGCCCCCCAACACAAGCCCCUUCCCUGGUCCGGACCCCAGCUUUCCUGGCCCUGGUGGCGAGGAUGGGGGGAAGCCCUUGAACCCAUCUGCUCCUACUGCUUUUCCCCAGGAGCCCCACUCAGGCUCCCCAGCUGCUGCGGUUAAUGGGAACCAGCCUAGUUUCCCACCGAGCAGCAGUGGUCGGGGUGGGGGCACUCCGGACACCAACAGUUUGGCACCCCCUGGCAAGGCAGGAGGGGGCUCAGGGCCCCAGCCCCCCCCAGGCUUGGUGUACCCAUGUGGUGCCUGUCGGAGUGAGGUGAAUGAUGACCAGGAUGCCAUUCUGUGUGAGGCCUCCUGCCAGAAGUGGUUCCACCGAGAGUGCACGGGGAUGACCGAGAGCGCCUAUGGGCUGCUGACCACAGAGGCCUCUGCUGUCUGGGCCUGUGACCUCUGCCUCAAGACCAAGGAGAUCCAGUCUGUCUAUAUCCGUGAGGGCAUGGGGCAGCUAGUGGCUGCUAAUGAUGGGUGACAUUGGCAGCGAGGCCCAAGGAAGUGCACACAUCCCUCCCUGCCCUUUCAGGGUGAUUGUUUUCCAUGUCUGGCUUCCCAUCCCCAUGGGGUAGAAACACAAUGACUCCUGGGGGCAGAAAAAGAAUUGAGGUGGGCAGGCAGAAGACCCUGGAUGGCUCACUUUUUGGAAUCUUAUGCAUUGAGAUCUACAGGGAUCUAGGAAACCAAAGCCCUGCUGAGGAGAGCCAUAUUUUUGUGGCUGUCGCUAGAGGCCUAGGAGUGUGGCUGCAUGAGAAAAGGGGCUGGAGGAAGAUUUAGAGGGCUGGGCUGUCCCCUCUGUAGAUGAUGGGUGCCCCUUACAUCUGUGCCUAACACCCCUCUCUAACCCCAUAGCUCCAGCCUUAGUUUUUGGAGUCAAGUGUUAAAAGUUUCUGGCUGGAGUAGUUGAGGUCUCUUCUAUCCUUGCAGUAGCCCUUUCAUGGGCUCUGGGAGACAGCUUUAGGAAAUAAAUGGGGAUUUCCCCCUCUUUCUAAUCUCUCCUUUGCCUCUUCCAAAGCCUGCCUAGCUCCUUCCCCCUCAGAACCAAAUAGCUUAAAGAAGCAGGAGAGUUCCUGGCUAUUAAUGGCAGUUUCUCAGUGAUUUGGGGCUUUGAGACAAUAGGUAAGAGAUGCUGUCAAGGACAUACCUUGCUCAUACCAAAGUCACUGGUCCUUUCUCAGCCUCUUGUGCUUUUCUGCUAAUGAUCAUAUUUUUGCCAAAAAUUGGGAUAUGUGAUCUGACCAGAAUAUUUGAAGCUUGGGCUGUUCUGGCAGUCUCAGUGCUAUUCCCAGCUUGCCUGGCUUGGUUGAAGGAAAGCCUGAAAGGCCCUUAUACCUCAUUUUCCUGUCUUGGUGAAAGGAUCCACCUGAGGCCCUGUCACUGUUUUGUUGGUAAGGUGUGUGGUUGGAUCCUCAUUGGCAGGACACUGAAAGGCAGAGGAGCCUGGAGCUGUUUUGCUUCCCUUCCCUUGAUCCUCUUUCCUCUCACCUCAGGCCCUGUGGUUUAGCUGCACUGGGCUUUAUGUGUGUUUUAAUUUUUUUAAGUACCACCUUCCAGAGAUGGGUCCCUGGCCUGGUCCUAAGUCUGUUCUCUUGCAGCUCACAUACACAUUCCUCUGUGGGGCGGGGAAGGCAGGCAUGGGGUGUGGCCUCUGCGAAGUUAGUGGUCCUCAGUGUGAUGUGUGUUGGCAGAGACCCACCCUCUGUGGGCCCUCCCCAGAGAAAAUGCUGCCCUGGGAGACCAGCAGCUUUUGAGGCAAAGAGAAUUCAGGCAUUUCUUACAGUGUUCCCCACGCUGAAACAGCAUAGGUGUUUCAACUACUGCUUGACUCUGUUGUCUAUGGUUCUGUUUGCCCCUUUUCUCCGUUGCUAUUUUUGUGUUGUCGCCCUCCUACACGUUUUGUAAAAUGGCUUGGGGGCGGGGGGGUUCUCUGCUCAGUCAACUCCCUAACGCCCUCCUGUUCCACAAUGUUUUGGAGGAGAUGGUUUUUCAUACGGUUGGAUUAAUAAAAUGAUUUGAA